AUGGCAACUGUUGAAAAGAUAGGAUCACCUGCCACCGCGUCGUCGUUUGGCGGCGACUGGGUUAGCGCGACGCCAGACGAACACCAAAGUGAAAUCAGCCCCAACUCAACCUAUGUUUCUCCUGCCAUGGCAUCGCGGGCUAGCAUUGACACUCUGGAUACGCAGACGGUCCGCAAACUGAGGAGUGCGUGGAGGGCUCGACAGGCCGCCCAGCCGGAUUCCCAGGUCGACGCGGGAUAUGAGCAGCCACAAAAUGUGAUGAAUCGAGAAUCGCCACCACGUGCCGAGCCUGCAGACUCGAUGAACGCGGUGCCUCUUGACUUUUCGCUCGCCACACAAGCAACGCAGAGGCGCGACUCUGGCUCUCAGAUCUCUUCUGCCGCCAAAGGGAUCUCGAACAAGACCUCACCUGCCGAAACCUUCGAUCAUGCGCGAAAUCAAGAGCGCAAGAUGCACUACUCGUUUGCCGACAUUGGACUUGAAGCUGCGGGCGGUGACACGCAACCGAUGACCACGCAAGAAUUUCGUGAUCACAGUGAUAUAUGGACAAGUCGCGUGGGGUUGGACACAAACACAGGCUUGCUUGCUGGAGAAUGCAUCGCGACUGUCGAUAGCGAAAUACUGCCCUCCAGAGGACACGAUGUUGACCUCACGAAGGUUGUCGAGAAGAGACCGGAAGAAGAUGACGAGUUUGACGUCUCGAGUCUCACUCGUACUGAUGAAGUCAGCCCUGCUGCUCAUGUUCGCAUCCAGGCCCAAACAGCACCCCUAUUCAAAGUUCCGCAGCCGAAGACGCCAGGCACUGUUGCCAGAAAACGGAACUGGCAUGAUAUGAUGAGUCCAGAGAAUCACACCUCCUCUACCAAAAGACCAGAUUCGGCAUUCAAGGCUAUGCUGGGCAAUACAGGUUUUCCUUUGAACAUGACGCAACUGUUCGCAAACACACAGGUUGGCUCUUCACCUCCUGCAGGUGCCCCCCCUUCGGAUACUGUAUUUGAUCGCCCAUCACCAAAUGCAUUCAUGCAGCCCUCCUCACCCAGAGCGGUGGCGAUAUCUUCGCCCGUUCGGCCUUUGAAUGCUUGUGCUAUUCAUAAUGAACCGUUGAACUUCUAUGAACGGAUGGAAGACUCGCAAAUGAGUCGUGCACGAAGACGCCAGCUUGAGGAGGAAGAGCGCAUGAACCAUGAUUCUGAAACCGACGAGAUGGAUGACGGUUGGGUAGAAAGAAUAAGGCAAAGAAACACUCGACAGCGGGAAAGGUCUGCUUUUGUGAAGGAGAUCCAGCUGACCGCUCCUGAGCGCUCAUCCAGGAGUCGCCGAACCAAGUCCCUUGACUACUUGUCAAGCGAACGUAAUCUCCAAACUCCUGCGCCGAAUGUCACGAACAUACAGCCAAUUUCUCCAGAUGAAUCAUCCGAUCUCCCUAAUAUAGUCCAAGGCCAAUCAGUAGGGAGCACUGCAGCUGGAAUUCAAGUUCCCAUGACAUCGUCGAAGCUACCUCGGGGCUCACAUACACGUAACUCUCAGCAACCAUCUCCAUCGAGCUCACAGAAAAGCUUGCCACCCGAUUUUCCCACGCAAUUGACAGUAGCAGUUCAAGAUUCCCAGGGCGAAGGUCACAGAAAUCCUUUCAAUUCAAGUUCUGCAGCACCCCUUGCAGCACCAUCGUCAGCAUUAUCUGGUAAUCGCAUUGCGCAGUCACAAUAUGCUGCGCCUAUACAUGAGGAUCACCAAAUGUUGAGUCAACGACAACACAACAAGCGCUUGGAGACUGUAAAGGCAGGAGAUAUUUAUGGAGACACUUUACUUGAAAGAGACGAGACUAUACCAAGCAGUCCCCCCAUAGAGUUCUCGGAACACGAUCAUGACUUCGAUGAUCAUCUUGUUCAUGAAUUUAUAGAGGACGAACCCAACGUUGACGGCAUGCAUGACGAACAUUCGAAGGAAAAUGUCAACAUUGAUGAAGAGGCUGACGAGCUUCCGGUACGUCGACGUAAUCCUGUGCACACGACGAAAUGUGCACAUGCACAAUAUGUUAGCAAAACAGGUACAAUAGAAGCGACACAACAACUAACGGACGUUCAGCAAACAAGGUCUUCGCUGUCAGAGAGACUAGUAGGUACGGAAACUUCGAAUGGCAAUCAUACUGUGGUUGGUACAGAUACGGAGAAUUAUGAGACAGCCGCUUCCCGACAAGUGGCAUCAGCUGGUACUCCUAUACAGGGCAUUCAAAAAAGCCAACAGGAACUACAUGAUAGCCCGAUCAAGCGACUUCAGGAUAUUGCCACAGCGCCGUUGCCCAAUAGAUCUGGGGAGAGUUUUCAAUCUCAAGAGAUCGACGGACUUAUUAGUACCAUUUUCACGGAUGGUGACAAAGAGUUCAUGAAUAUGACUUCAGAUGGUUCCCCUUCUCAAUCUACAAAGCGUCUCCGUACGUACACCAAGAAGCGUUCUGUCCUGUAUGAGCCAUCCUUGAAUGCGAAUAUCUCCAAUGUCUCGAGGCGCGACAAAACGGAUUCUGAAGAGAUAACAAGGGCGAUAUCUGUAGCGGCUCCUGCAAAGUUUGUCAACCAAUCAGUAGAACAAGUUGCGAGCCAUAUCGAGACACCAUCCAUACCAAGUACAGAUAUGCCUUUUUCAGCGAAGCAAAAAGAGCUCAAAAGUGAACAAGCUGUGCACGUAGCUAGGCGGUUGGCUACGUACCACAGAAAUAUUGCUCGUAGAAGUCCAAAGCCCAAGCGACAAAGAACAACAGAUAAAGGUCAAAGAAUGACUGAAGCGAAUGCAAGACGACAUGUUGAGGACGCCGCUAGGCAAAAUAAGACGAUUGAGCGCUCGGUGGAUUCAAAUUUCCCCCUAAUAUCAAGCGCUGUUCACGAUUCUCUCGCUGCUGCACAGGUUACUCAUCCCGACACUGCUCCUUCGGCGCACAGGGUUUUGGCGUUGUUCAAAGGCCAUAGCUUAUACUACUACCCUGCCACGUAUCUGGAGACCGUAUUCCAGGAUGGGGAGAAAUACAGAGUCAGAUUUUACGAUGGCACGGUUUCCGUUGUCGAUCCACUGCAGGUGCGAUCGCUUGAGCUGAGAAUUGACGAUUGUGUGAAGGUCGACCUCAACGGCAUGCGAAAGGGAACAUACUUGAUUCAAGACUUCGAUCAUAUAUCUGGAGCAUCUUACACGGAUGCAGGAGGGCACAAUGCUGUUAAGUUAGUAUCUAAGACUGCAGAUGGAACCGCCGCCCCACAGGUACCUAUCACAGUGUCCGUGGAACGCAUCUACUUGACGGGAAGUAUGCUGCCAGCUUUCGCUGACCGAAAAUUUCUGGCACCAAUUAGGAAAAUUGAACGCUUCGCUACGCCUGCGUUGCAUAUUAGCGAACCAACAUCACCUGGGAGUCGAUCGCGGCGUCAAAAUGUUGAUACACGCGUUCAUGGUAUGGAGCAGACCGUUACAUCCGAUCUUUUUUCGAACAUGCUAUUUGCGGUUACCUUUGUCAAUAUUCAAACACAGCAGAAGGAUACAAUCAUCAAGAGCAUAAUUAGCCGUGGAGGGAGCCUUGUGGACGAUGGGUUUCAUGGCAUCUUUGACUAUAAUGCGGCCCAAGCCGCAUCGCCAAGUAAAUCACCAGCUCGCUUUACUACGAACGGUGGAUUCGCGCGAGAAGGCUUGCGUCUCAAACCCCAUACACAGUAUCUUGGCUUUACUGCCGUCAUAGCAGAUCGCCAUUGUCGUAAGGAGAAGUACUUGCAAGCACUCGCCUUGGGAGUCCCAUGUUUACAUCAUCGCUGGAUUACCGAUUGCAUUUCUCAAUCGACUAUUUUGCACUUCGAACGCUAUUUAUUACCAGCUGGGGAUAGUGAGUUUUUGGGUGGAGCUGUGCAUUCAAGACUACUUGUGCCCUAUGCUCCUGAUGGGAACGAAGCAGCUUUGCAAAAGGUUUUCGACAGGCGAUCUGUUCCACUGCGAAAUUCCACAAUCCUGCUUGCUAUGAGCUCCGCAGACCGACAAAAGACAUAUAAAUUCCUUGCCUACGCCGCUGGUGCGAAGUCUGUGAAUUGUGCGCAAACUUUAUCAGAGGCGAAAGAGAUACUUUCGAAUGGUUUGGUUUGCGACUGGGUCAUCUGUGAUAGCGAUAAGACGAAAGCAAGAGAUGUCGUAUUUGGCAUGAGCCAGCGGGAAGGUGGCAAAAAAAGGAAGAAAAAGGUUGGUAUUACCCGUUCAAACAUUGGAACGAGUGUCAAAGUCGUAGACAGCGAAUUCCUAGUUCAAACCCUGAUUUUGGGUGCUUUGGCGGAUGCAUGAAGUGUAACACAUGCACUACCAUUGGCAAUUUGACUGUUGUACCAACAUCAUCGAAUUAUAUAGGAGCUUUACAAUCCUACUUAUCUCGAGACUUUGAGGUGUAGAAUUCAAACUUGCAGAACAUUAGCGAAGCGGUUGAUCUCGGGAGUUGAUAGUACGCUAGCAAAGCUUGUGCUCGUCUUGAUUUCAGAUAUUGUCAAGCUUUAUGACCAGGAAGUAUCUAAGAAGAAUGUCUUGGCCUGAAAUGUACAAG